UUGCUGGACAGCUUCGAGAGAAUGGGAUCAUUACUUUGUUUACUCUCCCUUUUAUAUGUGAGGGGUGAGACCGCUGAGAAUAGUGAUUAUUUCCACGCCAUGUUUACCGCUGGAAUGAAGGAGUCGAACCAGGAAGUGAUCGAACUGAAAGAUGAAAGCAUUUCACCUCAUGCUUUGAAGAUUGUAAUGGACUCCAUCUACACUGGAGAUCUUCGUGUCAACGAGGAAAACGUGUUUGAAGUUCUCGCCGCCGCUGAUCAUCUUCAAGUGAAAAGCGUUAUUAAGCUGUGCUGUGAUUUCUUGCUGAUCCAGUGUAUUCAGCUUCGGUUCGAUGUCGAAACAUACUGCCGCGUUUGGACAAUUGCCGAUAGACACGGUCUGAAAGAUCUGCAAGAGGCCGCGGAGCACGAAAUAGCAUCGAAAUUCAAGGAUGUUUGUGAAAGCGAAGAAUUCCAGACGCAUAUUGGCGCAGACCAAUUAUUCAGCCUCCUCAGUCGAGAUGACCUCAAUGCAUCUUCGGAGACGUUUGUCUUCAAAUCAGUGAUGCAGUGGAUUAAACACAAGAAGGAAGAGAGGAUGGCAGUUGCAGCCAAAGUUAUCGGAGCUGUUCGUCUGGGCCUGGUGGAUACCAAGGUUUUGAUUGAAGAACUGGAUACAGAGGAAAUGCAACGAGAUUCAGAGAUUGCCAUGCAGUUGCUUCAAGUGUUAGUCUAUAACAACAGUCCUUCGCACAAUUUUGCCGUAGAGAAAGUAAAACCACGAUCGAUGAAGCUGGUUCUUGUUGCCAUUCUCCCUCAGGCUCAGAUGCAGUACUUUGAUGAUGAAGCCAAAAGUUGGAAACCUUUGCCAUUCAUGGCACAAUUAACUGAGGCAACAAAUUGUUCUUGCGCAGAGUACGUUGGCAAUUACUUGUAUGUAGCUGGAAAGAAGGCAAAUGAUUUUGUCAACUAUCGAUAUGACACAGUUAGCAACUCGUGGGAAACACUCUCCCCAAUUCUAAGCCAUAGUGACUUCUGUAACAGGCAGAUUGACUCUCUGUGUUUUCUUGAUGACUUUUUAUAUGCAAUUAGUGGUGCAUCAACCUGUGUACCUUUUAAGUAUAGCCCAGCUAAGAAUAAUUGGCAAGGUGGGGCUAGUUUAGGUUUCGUUAAGAAACAGUUUGAUGAUCCAAAUACCCAGUUGACUAAUGCAUCAGCAACAGUUUGGAAGUCACAUAUAUAUGUGCUUCACGGUCUUAAAACUGCUGUUGGAUUUGGUGGGCUCCCAGCUGCCCCAUUUGCCCCAUCUACCCCUGGUUCAUUGCGUAGGGUCAAACGUCCCGCAUCUGCAGUUACUGGCGGGCUUGGGUCCACUAACUCAUCUGCAGUUUGUAGCGUUGGUUCAGUCCUUGAGGUGGGGUCUGCCACAUCUACAACUGCAUUUGGGAACAUGUUUUCCCAAUCUACCAGUGCUUCAUUGUGUAGGGCCACAUCUAGAGCUUCCCCAUCUACAUUUCCUACCGGUGGUUCAUUGGUUUCGGUGGAGUCUGCCCAACCUACAGUUUCUAGCAGUGCUUCAUUGUUUUGGACGGCGCCUACCCCACCUGCAGUUUGCACCACAGGUUCAGACCUUGAGGUGGCAUGUGCCACAUCUGCAGUUGCUAUCGAGGCUUCAUUGCCUGAAGUAGGGUCUACCUCAUUGGCAUUUGCAAGUUCUAAUACUUCUCAGGUCUGGCUGGAUAAGGCAGCUGUAUUGCACUGCUUCAACCCAAAAACGAACAAAUGGAAGCAACAGUCCUCAACCUGCCGUCCUCACCAUGACUCCUGCCUUUUUGUGGUUAAUAACAGGCUUUAUGUCGCUGGGGGUUCUGGAUCUUCCCUGUAUCCUUCAGCUUCUGUUGAAGUGUAUGACGAGGAAAACAACAUUUGGUCUGUUGUUGAACAGAAACAUAUUCCCCCAAACAACCUUGGUGCAGUGGAAAUAGAAAGGAGGGUGUAUUUUAUGGUCAAUAAAUUUCCUGUUGAUGUUGGCAUUAGAAUUCCACCUGGAGAGGUGUACCAGAUCUGUUUGAAUGACUGGAAAAAUUUAGCACAAAUUAAUAAAGAUGCAGUCUUGUGUUAUAUGCCAGUGAAGACAGACAGCUUGAAUACAGACUAAGAUAGAGGUCAAAUGGACAUAUAUACUUUCCUUGUGUAUGACACUUUGCCUUUUUUUUCAAAGUGUUUGCAUUUUGAAGAUUGACCGUUUCUGAAUUAAUGGUAAAGGUUAACAUGAUCUGCCAAAUUGCUGUGAGCUGCAAUGUGCCAUUGCAAUAAUAUACAUAAAACGAGAAUCGAGGUUUUAGUUUGUAAUUUUGUAGUUUUGUGAAAAAGCUGGAAUUGGGUAAAACGUUUAACAACCUUACCACCAUUUUCAUUUGAACAUCUUUCUUUCAAGAGGGUAACGAAAAAUAGAUAGUAGCCUUUCAUAAAGACUUUGGUUAUCCCAUCAAGGUUUAAUUUUUAGAAAUAGUAGUUUAUUUGUAUUAUAUACUCUCUUCGUAGAGUAAAUUUUAAAUUAAGAACGUUUAAUUUUUUUGUGAUGAAGGGUUGCAUAGCUAUGCUUAAGUUAACUAAUCUAGUUUAGCAUUUGCUAGCUUGUGCCAUAGAUACUAAUAAAAUGCAGUAAUUUGGUGAAUAGAAUUGUUAUCUUAAAAAUCUAGAGGUGUCUUUCAUCUUUCGUGGAUUUUCAGAGAAUAUUAGUUUGUGAACAGAGAUGACAAAUACCCCAGGGGAAGCCGAGCAUUAGGAAGUUAGACUAGGUGAUUUCAGCGUCAUGAAAAUCGCCCGUACUAGUAACUGAACGUGGAUAUGUGAAUUUGACAGACAGUUUACAAUAUACAGGUAUAGCUUUGUUCUUUCAUUGGGAAUAGUGUUUCCACUUAACUGCAGUUGAUUAUUCUUGUAACAGCAAAUGUAUAGAAUAAAUUAAAUACUAGUAGUAAUCAGA